AUGGCCCUGCCCCUACCUCCAGACCCUAGACCCCCAUCAGAGCCCCUCAGCCACCCCCCUGGAGCCCCUAGGGAACCGGACAUUGCUGAAUGCAUCAUCUGCUCUGCAUCUGAAGAGGAGGCAUUCAGGCCAGAGCAGGCCCAGAAACUGGGGCAGGACUCCUUGGACCCUCUCGACCACUUCCAGGGUGGACUGAGAGGCGCUGAACCUGCCACCAGCCCCCCAAGAUUGCCAACGCCCUCUGCCCAUGAGGACCCAGCCGGGGGCAGACACUGGGAGCACCUCAUCUCUGGCCGUGAGGUAUUCGAGGCUGAGCAGGAAAGCCUGGACCUCUGCUUGUUUGGGCUGGGCCUCCAGCUGCGGGACCUGGAUCGAGGCCUGGGGCCCAUGGCAUCGGCCCAGAGUGGAACGGUCCAGCUGCAGGCCCUGCAGGCAGACCUACGCGGGGCAGCCGAGAGUGUGGAUGCACUGCUGACGUUCAGUGAGGGGCUGGCACAGCGGCGUGAGCUUCUGGCCCAGGCAUCCCGCGAGCAGGUCCUGAGGGUCCUCAGAGCCCAGCGAGACAGCAUCUUCCAGCGGCUGUGGCGGCUGCAGGCCAAGCUGGUCAGCCGCAGCCUGGUGUCUGAGGAGGCUGACUGGCUGGACCAGGACUUGGAGGCUGAAGGAGACUUAGACGGGCCAGGACCUGGUGGAGUUUGGGGGCCCUGGGCACCCGGUGGUGUCCCCAUCCCUGCAGAGCUGGAGUGGGACCCAGCGGGGGACGUGGGGGGCCUUGGGCCCUGGGGCCGAAGGGCAGUCCGGACACCAGGGGCCCCCUGUGAGCUGUGUGGCCACAGGGGCCCCCAGGGAAGGGGACAAGACCCAGAGCUCUCCGGGGAAUCCCAAACCUCCUUCUCCUCACAGGACGUGCUCAGGUUGGGCCUCAGCCCCCGGAAACACUUACCAGGUCACCGAAGACGCUCCCUGAUCCGGAAGCCUCAGGACAAGAAGAGGCAAGCACCCCCCAGUCCCCAGGAUGUGAUGCUGGAGGUGGAUCCUGGAGCUGCUGCUUCUGUGUCCAGGUGGCCUCUGACCUUCCUCCUCAUCCUCCUCUUCUUCCUCCUGGUGGCUGCCACAUUGCUCUUGCCCAUGGCAGGGGGCCUCUGCUGCUCUCACGCCCGACUGGCCAGGACCCCCUACCUGGUGCUCAGCUAUGUCAGUGGUCCCCCCCCAACCUGAGUAGACAGCCCAGACGUGGAGCAGAUGGCGAGAGUCAAAGGAUGUGUGAGGAUAUGGGAUGCUUCCGGAAAAACAAAAACCCAUCGCUGUCAA